AUGGCGUCUUUGCAGCACCCCACAGCUUCUCUCCAAUCCAAACACGUCCUAAUCCCGCGAAACUCCCUCGCCCAGAAACCCACCCUCUCCCUCUCCCUCCCCCGCUCCACCUUCUCCGCUCUCAAGCUGAAGCUCGCCGCCGCCACCAGCCGCUCCAACGGUUCCGCGGGCGCCAGAAUGUCGGCCACGGCGGCCUCCAGUUACGCCACCGCCCUGGCUGACGUGGCGAGCGCCAACAACACGCUGGACGCGACCACCGCCGACAUCGAAAAAAUCGACGAGCUCUUCUCGGACCCGAAGGUGUCGGACUUCUUCGCGGACCCCACGCUGGCCGUGGAGGAGAAGCGGAAGCUGGUGGACCAAAUUGCCGAGUCCUCGGGGUUGCAACCCCACACCAAAAACUUCCUCAACAUCCUCGUGGACGGGCAGAGAAUCGAUCUCAUAAACGAGAUAGCAAGGGAGUUCGAAUUGAUGUAUAACACUUUGACCGAUACGGAGCUCGCGGUGGUGACCUCGGUGGUGAAGUUGGAAUCGCAGCAUCUGGCACAAAUUGCAAAGCAGGUUCAGAAGCUGACUGGGGCCAAAAACGUGAGGAUUAAGACCGUCCUUGACCCUAGUUUGGUGGCUGGUUUCACUGUGAGGUACGGGAAUUCGGGUUCCAAGUUGAUUGACAUGAGCGUCCGGAAGCAGCUUGAGGAUAUUGCUGCUGAGCUUGAGUUGGAUGAUAUCACACUCGCCGCAUAA